UUUCCCAUAGUACAGUAACUAGCAAGAACCCCAACCCAACCAGCCCUGCCCUUGCCGGAGCUUAGUUAUAUAUAUACAUAUAUAUUCCACGCAUCAAACAAGUAAAAGCUUGAGAGGGAUUCGGAGACCAUUUGCAAGGAUGUGUUCUUCGUACUUGACCGUGCAAUCAUAUGCAAUGAUGUGUCUUCUCGUCAGGUAGAAGUAGCCGGCUGGAGAUCGAGCGAGCAUGGACGACUCGAACAUGUUCAUCCAGUGGGCAAUGGAGACGCUUGAGCAGGAGCAGGACGGCGCCGCCACCGGACACGUCUUCCCGUCGUCAGUCCUGGAGCUCGACAACUCGGCGGCGCCGCAGAACGGCACGCACAUGGCGGCCUACCGACACAGAGCCACGGACAGCUGGAGCUCAGGCGACAGUGGCGCCGCGGUGGCCGUGGAGAACGACGGCUGGUCGUCCAACUGCAGUACCAACCACCCGGCCGCGAGCUGGAACUUCACCUCGGUCAUACCGCAUCCGCCCAGCAUUAUCGAGGAGGCCACCCCGAGCCCACCCGCAGCUCCCAGCCACGUCGUGCCGGAGAUGGCGCAGAGGUCGCCGCAGUCGAGGAAAUCCUCAGGCGCCAGUACAGGGAUGGUGCCGACCGUGCAGGAACACGUCAUGGCGGAGCGGAAGCGCCGGGAGAAGAUCAACCGACGCUUCAUCGAGCUCUCCACCGUCAUCCCCGGCCUCAAGAAGAUGGACAAGGCGACCAUAUUGUCCGACGCGGUGAGGUACGUCAAGGAGCAGCAGGAGAAGCUCAAGGCACUCCAGGACCGUGACGUGAGGAGCAUCGACUCCGUCGUGCUAGUGAAGAGGCCGUGCAUCUCCAACAGCGAUGAUGGCUGUCCGUCACCGCCGCCGUCAGCAGCAGCUGGAGGAGGUCCGCCGACGACAAGGAUCCCAUUGCCGGAGAUCGAGGCGAGGAUCUCGGAGAGCAAUGUGUUGGUGAGGAUCCACUGCCAGGACGGCAAAGGGGUCCUUGUCAUGUUGCUCGCCGAGGUCGAGGGGCUCCACCUUAGCAUCACGCACACCAAUGUCGUGUCUUUCCCGGCUUCCACUCUGAUCAUAAACCUCAUGGCGAAGGUAGACGAGGGCUUCACUGUCACAGCGGACGACAUUGUAUGGAAGCUCGACUCUGCUUUGCGCCGACAUCAUAGCGGCAAAUGAUAGUUCUAGCUAGGAGAGGGCCAAUAAACAUGAAGACGCAAAGGCUUUAAGAAGCGGCAAGCAGGCAGCUCACGUCGAAUUAGCAUGUUCAAUUAGUGUGUGAGUGUGUGUGCAUUGUGAGUUAUAAUAAUGACCGGUGAGAAUCUCGGCGCAUGUUCAAUUUAGCAUGUUACCGGUUUUUUGGUGUAUCUGUACGUGUCACUACAGCAUCAGAGCGUUGAUUCUUUAGCAUCAGGCUAGAGAGAGUACUAGAAUAUUUUAGUUUGUAUUACCUUUGUUUUUUUUACUCUGCAUAUGGUUGGCAGGACAGGCGGAGCUCGAUACAGUACUCCCUCCGGUCCUUUUUAGUCUGCAUAUUAGAAUUCUCUAAAGUUAAAUUUUACAAAGUUUAACCGUAUUUAUAUGAUAAAAUAUCAACAUCUGUCAUACUAAAGUUAUACAAUAUGAAACUUUAAGUCAUGACA